UGGCUAAGUUGAGCAUUGGCGAAGGUGAGCCCCUCGAAAUUGAGCAGGCUGAGAUAGGAAGGAGCAUCAGAUCUUCAUUUCAGAAUGCCGUAUCGAGUUCUCGAAGAAGCUCCAGUGUUGGUUCCUUUAGAGUUCAAGAUGAAGAUGAAUAUGAGUUGACUUGGGCUGCCAUUGAGAGAUUGCCAACGUUUGAACGGGUAAGAACAUCUCUAUUUCAUCAUUUAGAUAAUCAAAAUGGAAGUUCAGAAAAAAGUGGGAAAAAGCCAGUUGAUGUCACGAAGUUAGGAGCAGUGGAAAGACAUUUGCUUAUUGAAAAUAUGAUCAAGCAUAUUGAAAAUGAUAACCGCCAUCUGUUGCAGAAGCUGAGAGAAAGAAUAGAUAGAGUAAAUGUGAAAUUGCCCACAAUUGAGGUGCGAUACAAGAAUUUAUCUGUAGAAGCAAAAUGCCAAGUCGUGGACGGAAAGCCCCUGCCGACUUUAUUGAAUACUGCAAAGAGCGUAUUAUCAGGUCUCAUAAUGUUGCCAGGAUUGAAGACAGAAACCAAGAUUCACAUUCUCAAAGAUAUCAGUGGAGUCAUCAAGCCUUCCAGGAUGACUCUUUUACUUGGACCUCCAGGAUGUGGCAAAACAACCUUCCUACUAGCUCUCUCAGGGAAAUUAAAUAAAUCUCUCAAGGUCAGAGGAGAAGUAUCUUACAAUGGAUUUGCCUUGGAAGAGUUUGUUCCAGGAAAAACAUCAGCUUAUAUAAGCCAAUAUGACCUCGACAUUCCAGAGAUGACAGUGAGGGAGACAUUGGAUUUUUCUGCACGCUUUCAGGGGGUUGGUAGCCGAGCAGAGAUAAUGAAGGAAGUGAGUAGAAGAGAGAAGCAGGCAGGAAUCAUACCAGAUCCUGACAUAGAUACAUUCAUGAAGGCAAUAUCAGUGCAAGGAUUAGAAAGAAGCCUCGUAACAGAUUAUAUCAUGAAGAUAAUGGGGCUGGACAUUUGUGCAGACACAAUGGUAGGGGAUGCUAUGAGAAGAGGUAUUUCAGGUGGUGAAAAGAAAAGACUGACAACAGGAGAAAUGAUUGUUGGACCAACAAAUGCUCUUUUUAUGGAUGAAAUAUCAACCGGCUUGGACAGCUCUACAACAUAUCAGAUAAUUACAUGUCUCCAACAAUUUGCACACAUAACAGAAUCCACUGUUGUGGUUUCACUUCUUCAGCCAGCACCAGAGAUCUAUGAACUCUUUGAUGACAUUAUCUUAAUGGCAGAGGGAAAGAUUGUUUACCAUGGUCCUCGCAGUCAUAUUCUUGAUUUCUUUGAAGAAUGUGGAUUCAAAUGCCCCGAGAGGAAAGGAGUAGCUGAUUUUCUCCAGGAGGUGUUGUCAAGAAAAGAUCAAGGGCAAUAUUGGUCUCGUUCGCAUGAAAACUAUAGUUAUGUUUCUAUAGAUCAGUUAUCAAAACUUUUCAAAUCAUUUCAAGUAGGAAAAAAGCUAAGCGAGGAACUGUCAAAGCCUUAUGAUAAGUCUCAGUGCCAUAAACAUGCUCUAUCUUUCAACAAGUACUCUUUAUCAAAAUGGGAACUACUUAAAGCUUGCAUGGAAAGAGAAUAUCUCCUGAUGAGAAGAAACUCAUUUAUUUACAUAUUUAAAACAGCCCAGCUUGCUAUGAAUGCAAUCAUCACAUCCACUGUCUUCUUGAGAACACGCUUGGGAGUGGACAUAGUUCAUGCAAAUUACUACAUGGGUUCCCUCUAUUAUGCACUUCUCUUAUUUAUGGUAAACGGAUUCCCUGAGCUGGCUAUGACAGUUUCAAGACUUCCAGUUUUCUACAAGCAACGAGACUAUUACUUCUAUCCUGCAUGGGCAUAUUCAAUUCCUGCUGCUCUCCUUAAGAUUCCUGUCUCUUUAAUAGAAUCAAUAGUUUGGACAACAACUACUUAUUAUAUUAUUGGAUAUAGUCCUGAGGCAACAAGGUACUUCCGCCAAUUGCUCCUACUCUUUUGUGAGCAUCAAAUGUCAUUAUCAUUAUAUCGCCUCGUCGCCUCCUAUUUUCAGACAGCAGUGGCUUCUACAGUCAAUGGCAUCCUAUGCUUACUAGUAAUUUUGUUAUUUGGUGGCUUCAUUGUUCCAAAACCAUCUUUACCUGGUUGGUUAAAGUGGGGCUUCUGGAUUUCUCCAUUGUCUUACACAGAGAUUGGUUUAACUGUUAAUGAAUUUGGUGCAUCAAGAUGGCAAAAGAUAUUAUCAGGAAAUGAGACAAUAGGGAACCAAGUUUUAUCCAGCCGUGGACUCAAUUAUAAUAGCCACUUCUACUGGAUAGCGAUAGGAGCACUUCUACUAUCAGUUUUUCUGAUGAAUGUUGGCUUCACUUUGGCUUUAACUCUUAAAAAGCCUGUCGGCGUUUCAAGGGCCAUUAUUUCUCGUGAAAAGCUCGCUCAGAUACAAAACAUGGAAAAUGAAGAGGGACAAGAAAACAGAAAUAGCCAUUCUACGAUUAGAUCACCUACAACCUUGAAAGAGCCUAAGAGAACUGGAAACAUAGUUUUACCAUUUAUUCCCUUCACAGUAUCAUUUCAAGAUGUGAAUUACUAUGUCGACACCACUCCGGAACUUAGAGAGCAAGGCUUUGCGGAAAAACGACUACAACUUCUCCACGAUAUCACAGGAGCUUUCCAGCCAGGAAUUCUGACGGCACUGAUGGGAGCAAGUGGAGCAGGGAAAACCACACUAUUAGAUGUUCUUUCAGGAAGAAAAACAGGCGGAUACAUCGAAGGAGACAUAAGAAUUGGAGGGUACACAAAGGUCCAAGAGACAUAUGCUAGAAUAUCAGGUUAUUGCGAACAGUUUGAUAUACAUUCCCCACAAAUCACGGUAAAAGAAUCUGUCACAUAUUCAGCAUGGCUGCGUCUUCCACCUCAAAUUGAUGCGAAGACAAGAUCUGAAUUUGUAAAUGAAGUUCUUGAGAUAAUUGAGCUCGAUGGAAUCAAAGAUUCAUUAGUUGGAAUACAGGGGGUCACUGGCCUGUCUACCGAGCAACGAAAACGACUAACCAUAGCUGUAGAGCUUGUUUCUAAUCCAUCUAUUGUGUUUAUGGAUGAACCGACAUCUGGUCUAGAUGCACGAGCUGCAGCUAUUGUCAUGCGUGCAGUGAAAAAUGUUUCUGAAACUGGAAGAACAGUUGUAUGCACCAUCCACCAGCCUAGUAUUGAUAUUUUUGAAGCAUUCGAUCAGCUAAUUUUGAUGAAAAGAGGAGGAGAGUUGAUCUAUACAGGACCAAUUGGAAAGCAUUCGAGUAAAAUCAUUGAAUAUUUUGAGGGAAUACCUGGAGUACCGAGGAUUAGACACAAUCACAAUCCAGCUACAUGGAUGCUGGAUGUUACCAGUAGAUCGAUGGAGAUACAAUUGAGUGUAGACUUUGCUAAAAUUUACCAGGAAUCAUCUCUCUGCAACGAAAGCAAGGAGAUGGUUAAACGCUUGAGCACACCAUCACCAGACUUGAAAGAGCUCACUUUUCCGACUUGCUAUCCACAAAACAGUUGGGUUCAAUAUAAAGCAUGCCUGUGGAAACAGUGUUUGUCUUAUUGGAGGAGUCCUCAAUACAAUCUGGUGCGGAUUUUAUUUACGCUUUGCACAUCAGUUGCACUAGGUGCGGUAUUCUGGCAGCAAGGAAAGCAACUAGACAACCAACAAAAUCUGUUCAAUAUGUUGGGGUCGUUAUAUUCUGCCGCCAUCUUCAUUGGAAUAAACAACUGCUCGUCCAUUUUACCAUUUGUUUCAAUUGAGAGAACCGUUGUAUACCGGGAGAAAUUUGCAGGAAUGUACUCCUCAUGGAUCUACUCUCUCGCACAGGUGACUAUCGAGAUCCCCUACGUGCUUAUACAAGUAACAAUUUAUAUGAUUGUUACAUAUCCAUCAAUCGGUUACUUCUGGACAGCCUCCAAGUUUUUUUGGUUCUAUUACACCAUGUUCUGCACGGUCCUCUACUUUGUUUACUUAGGGAUGUUGCUUGUAGCCAUGACCCCAAACAUUCAAGUGGCUUCGGUAUUGUCAUCUGUUUGCUACGGCUUGUUUAAUCUCUUUUCAGGCUUCGUUGUGCCAAGACCUCAAAUUCCCAAGUGGUGGAUUUGGCUAUACUACCUUACUCCGUUUUCCUGGUCACUGCAUGGGCUAUUUAGUUCACAAUAUGGAGAUAUACAGCGACAAAUUCCUGUGUUUGGAGAGCCCAAAUCAGUAGCUUCUUUCCUCGGAGAUUAUUUUGGUUUCAACCACAAUCUUCUAGUACUUGUUGCUAUUGUGCUUCUUGUUUUCCCUAUGACCUAUGCUUUCCUUUUCGGUUAUUGUAUUGGGAAACUAAAUUUUCAGAGAAGGUAAUCGAAGUUUGGGAUACAUGUAACUAAAAGAACUUUAAUUGUGUGAAAGAUUGUAUUAGUUAAGAGAUAUGAAUUAAGAGAGAAAAAGAUAUGAACUAUUUAAGAGAUCUGGAGAAGCAAAACG